CCGUCACUAUCUCCAUAUCCAUGAUGCUCUCUCCACCACACACCUUUUAACAACCACAAUGGCACUCUCCCCCUCCCACCCUCUCCCCCUCCACACAACCAGGUUAAAAUGGCAGUCCACUCCCGCGUGGCCGCCGUGACAGGCGCGAACAAAGGCAUCGGCCUCGCCAUCGUCCGCAACCUCGCCCUCCAAUACCCAACGUCCCCCAUGAAAUCCGGACCAUUCCUGAUCUACCUCACCGCCCGCUCGCCCGAAAAGGGCGCGGAAGCAGUCAAAACCCUCCACAACGACCCGCAAUUGAAACGAGCCAAAGUCCUGGCCCAAGACGGGGGCGACACGACAAUAACCUACCACUCCCUCGACAUAAGCGCGACGAAAAGUAUCCAAGAUUUCGCUUCCUUCCUUCGCAAAGAACAUCCGGAGGGAAUCGACAUCGUGGUAAACAACGCCGGCAUCGCGCUCCAAGGCUUCGACGCCAACAUCGUCAAACAAACCCUGGAAACGAAUUACUACGGCACGCUGGAAGCAACGCAAGACCUCCUCCCCCUGAUCCGCCAAGGAGGGCGACUGGUAAACGUGACCUCCAUGUCGGGCAAACUCAACAAAUACUCCCCCGCCAUCCGCUCCGCCUUCCUCUCCGCCGCCGAAACCUCCGUGGCGGCCUGCACGGCACUGAUGGAGCAAUUCCGGCACGCGGUGGAGGAAGGGAGGGAGAAGGAGGCCGGGUUUCCGUCGGCGGCGUACGCGGUUAGUAAGGCGGGGGAGACGGCGUAUACCAAGGUUUUUGCGCGGGAGGAGGAAGGGAGGGGGAGGGGCGUGUUGGUGAAUGCGUGUUGUCCCGGGUACGUCAAGACGGAUAUGACGAGGGGGGGUGGGGCGAAGACGGUGGAUCAGGGGGCGCAGACGCCGGUGUUGUUGGCGUUGGGGGAGAUUGGGGGGCGGAGUGGGGGGUUUUGGCAGGAUGAGAGGGAGAUUGAGUGGUGAUGCAGGUCUGUUUGAGAGCUGAGCGGAUGAUGUGGUGUGUUGUACGAUGAUGGGCGGAGAUGUAUGUACAGUAUCGCCGUUAUGCCUUCAGCCGCGCGCUUUGGAGGUCUUCCUGCGCGUCUUUGAUGAGGAAACUAGUCGAACUGUCAGCAUGCACAACAACACUACAAAAUCCCAACAUUGAACAGGAGGAAUAGGCGGAAGGAUGACAUACUUAUACCACCACACCGUCGGCCCGACAGUCCCCAAAUGCCACAACGCAUGCGCAUCCACCAUCCCCCACCACGGCG